AUGCCCAGGACUGUGUCUGGUUGGCAAGGCGGAUUUGUGCAUACCGAUGUCAAACAGGACAAUAUUCUCGUGAACUACGGCACAGAAGUUGAGGGCGUAAGCUUCACUGAUGUGCAACUUGCAGACUUUGGAAGUACUAUCCCUGCGACUUCCAAGUAUGCGUACGAUGAAAAUCUCAUAGGGGCACCCAUAUGGCGGAGUCCUGAGGCUCAUCUUCGAAUUGGCUGGGGUAUUUCAACUGAUAUAUGGUCGUUUGGUACAAUGCUCAUCACAUUGAUAUAUGGCGAUAACUACUUCAUGUUCAAGCCCGAUGUCUCAGCUGAUCAUGAUGAAUAUGAUCAUAAGAUUCCUACAAGGCAAUAUGCAGAAAAAACCCCUCAUCUUGAAGAACCAUCACUUCCACCGGAAUACGGAAUGCUUCCGGCUGACAAAAAAUUCGAAGCUGAUGAACUCCAGCGACGCCGUCUCAUCUCUUACUACUAUCGUAUCUUUAACGGUCACCUGAACAAGGCGCACCUCGAAGCUCUUCGUGAUCCCAUCCUUUUUCCUCGCCAGCAUCUUGUUGAUAGGGCCGGCAGGCAAUGGAGUGGAAACUUGAUGACACUGAAAGGGGCAUUAGUCCUCAUGGCUGAUUACUGGCCCCACCUGUCUGAUAUAGGAAUACCUUGUCCUGUGCGAUUCACCGAUGCGGAGCUGGAUGGCUUCUAUGAAUAG